AUGUCCAACGACCUAGGGAAAGCCCUGGAACACGCUGGUGGCACGGGAAAACAGCGUGAGGGUAUUGGAAUCAAUACCUUCCUUGCCUCUUUGGCCACUGCGAUCGUCAUUUUCGCAGUUGAAUUUCUACUGUUUCUGCUUCUUAAGGGGAAACUCACCCGUAUCUACCAACCCAGAACCUACCUUGUCCCUGAUCGGGAACGUACCGCACCCUCCCCUCCGGGUUUCUUCCGAUGGAUCGGCCCGGUGUUUCGGACCUCCAGCUCCGAAUUUAUUCAGAAAUGUGGUCUCGAUGCCUACUUCUUCCUGCGAUACCUACGGAUGCUCCUGAAAAUAUUCGUGCCGCUGGGAUGUCUUCUGCUACCAACCCUCCUUCCGCUGAAUAAAGUGAACGGCAAGAACCAGAGUUUCAAAAAUGGGACUACAAGCGGGGGCCAGUGGAAUGUUACCGGUCUUGACCAACUCGCCUGGGGAAAUGUCACCCCUGAAAAUACGAGUCGUUACUGGGGACACCUCAUCAUGGCCUUCAUAGCCAUUGUUUACGUGUGCGCCGUUUUCUUUGAUGAACUCCGAGGGUACAUUCGUUUGCGACAGGCGUAUUUAACUUCCCCGCAACAUCGGCUUCGCGCAUCUGCAACAACCGUUCUAGUGACCGCCAUCCCUGAAAGCUGGCUUACGGUGGAAGCUCUUGAUUCAUUGUUUGACAUAUUCCCUGGAGGCAUCCGCAACAUCUGGAUCAAUCGAAACUAUGACGACCUCAACGAGAAAGUGAAAGAACGAGACGAAUUGGCUUUGAAACUUGAGGCUGCCGAGACGGACUUGAUUGUCAAAUGCAAAAAGGCGCAACUAAAGCAGGCAAAGUCCGAAGCAAAAAAGGCUGGCAAAAGCGCGAAGGUGGUAGACAAGCAAGAAAAACAGGAAUUGGAUAGGAAAGCUUCCCAGCUGGCAUUGGAUGCCGGCGUUAGUUCCGGUAACCCACAUCAAGCGCACACGCUUAAUCAACUUCUUCACCCCGGCGCUUCAAAGAAAGAGCCGCAUGAAGGGCAAUGGAAACGACUCAACCCCUUUGACCCCGCCAUGGAGGCUGCUGAAGCGGUCGGUCAAGGGGUGGGAAAGCUGGGGAAGUCUGUUCUAGGUGGUCUCAAGAAGGUCGAGGACGGAAUUGAUGGAAAGUUGACUCGCACAGGGGGCUUUGUUCCUGAAGAUGACUCACAUGAGACGACUGGGGACCAAGCACGUGUUUCUGGUGGCGAUGGACCGCGCGAGUCUCUCUCAUUGAACACAAAUCAAAGAAAAGCAAACAAUGAGAAUGAUCCAUAUCAGAGAAGCCCCAGGAAUCAAAGUCCCAGCGCCGCAGGUCCAGCCUCCUCGAAACCGAAAAGGCCGUUCUGGAAAAGCCGAGGCUCAAGCAAUUCUAAAACGAGCAGCAAAACUGAGCCGGACGAGUUCCCUUUGACAGGCCUCGAAAGCCCCGUUGACGCGGAGGAUUCAUCCGACCCUGACCCAAACAUCUUGCCGACAGGGAGAGAGAACAGCAAAGCCAGUAAAUCUGGGGGCCGUAAGGAAGGAGAAGAGGUAGAUGGAGAAGAGUAUCCAGUCGCUUACAACGAAGAUUUCGACAACGAAGACUUCGGGGAACCCAUGUGGAAGAAAUUCAUCAAAGAAAAAGACAGGGAUACCAUGCGAUUGCCAAUCUUUGGUAUUAAAUGGAUGCCAUCUAUUUGGCUUAUUGGGAAGAAAGUGGACACCAUUGAUCACUGUCGCAAAGAAGUGGCGCGACUGAACCUGGAAAUCGAGAUUGAUCAGCAACACCCGGAGAAAUUCCCUCUGAUGAAUUCUGCAUUUAUUCAGUUCAACCACCAGGUGGCAGCGCAUAUGGCUUGCCAGGCGGUCAGCCAUCACGUCCCCAAACAAAUGGCUCCUCGCAUUGUGGAAAUCUCGCCAGAUGACGUUAUAUGGGACAAUAUGUCAAUCAAGUGGUGGGAACGCUACCUCCGUACAUUCGGGGUUGUCAGCCUUGUCUGCGCCAUGGUGAUCGGAUGGGCGUUCCCCGUCGCUUUUACCGGAUUGCUUUCCCAGCUAUCGUACCUGGAGGAUGCUUUUACUUGGCUAUCGUGGAUUUCAAAACUCCCAGAAUGGUUUGUCUCCGCCGUGCAGGGCAUCUUGCCCGCCCUAUUUUUGGCCAUUCUCAUGGCUAUAUUGCCAUUGAUCCUUCGAUUCCUUUGCCGAACACAGGGUCUUCAUACGGGCAUGGCUGUGGAACUCACGGUGCAGCACUAUUACUUUGCCUUUCUGUUCGUGCAGCUUUUCCUGGUUGUGGCUAUUUCGUCCAGUUUCUCCACUAUCAUCAACAACGUCACCAACGUCACCAGCUGGCCGGAACUCUUAGCGCAGAAUAUUCCCUCUUCCAGCAACUACUUUUUCUCGUACAUGAUUCUUCAAGCCAUGUCGGUGAGUGCUGGUGCGUUGGUUCAGAUUGUCAAUCUUGUCAGCUGGUUCAUUCUCGCUCCAUUCCUCGACACGACUGCAAGGAAGAAGUGGGCGCGAACAACUAAUCUGAACCAAAUGCAAUGGGGUACCUUCUUCCCCGUUUACACUACUUUGGCGUCGAUUGGUUUAAUUUAUUGUGUCAUUUCGCCGCUCAUUCUUGUCUUCAACAUCCUUACGUUCGGUCUAUUCUGGUUCGUUUAUAGGUACAACACCCUCUAUGUCACCAAAUUCCGCUUCGAUACGGGCGGACUGCUUUUCCCCCAGGCUAUCAACCAGCUAUUCACCGGAUUAUACGUGAUGGAAGUAAGCUUGAUUGGAUUGUUCUUCUUGGUCCGUGAUGUGCAGGGUUCUGUUGCUUGCAAAGGUCAAGCGAUCUUCAUGAUCGUGGUGCUCGUGCUCACGGCCGGUUAUCAGCUCUUGCUGAACGAAGCUUUUGGGCCCUUGAUUCGUUACCUGCCCAUCACCCUCGAGGACGAUGCCGUCCGUCGCGACGAGGAAUUUGCACGCGCUCAAAAGGCACGGUUAGGAUUGCCAAGUGAUGACGAGGAAGAAGAGCCCGAUACAGUUGAGCAUCAGCUCGCGGAGAACGAACGCCGAGAGCGCGAGGCUAACAGGGCAUCUCACGACAUUGAGUUGAAGCAAAUCGAAGCCAACAAGGAACAACAGAAACACCAACACACUGCAAAGCGUCCUGGAAUGCCCAAACGUCCAUCGUGGGUCGAUCGGUCCUCAAAAGGUCGGUCGUCGUAUUUCGGAGGCAAGUCGGACAGCUCUGUCCCCAGCGUGCAACGCAUGCGCGAGAAGAUCGCCGAAGACGCCGAGAACCAAGGCCCUCCAACCCGCAACAUUGGCCAGGCAAUCUUCGCUGGCAUUCAUGACGAACUGGAGGAUCUCACUCCAGAUGAGCGCGAUCAGCUGGUCCAACGCGCCUUCCAACAUGAUGCCCUUCGGGCCAAACGCCCGGUGAUCUGGAUCCCACGAGACGACAUCGGUGUCAGUGACGACGAAGUCUAUCGUACCCAGCGAUUCAGCAAACAUGUCUGGAUCAGCAACGAGUACCAAGCCUUGGAUGGCAAGUGUCGCACCAUCUUCAGUCGCAGUCCCCCGGACUUCUCGCAGGUUGAUCUCAUUCAAUUGUAA